AUUUGCGCAAUUGCGUCAUUUCCGGGAUUUUUUUUUUUUUUUACCCAGAAUGCAUCGCGGUCUUUCCUAGUCCAGCGAACUCAACAUGGCGUCGAGGGCACCAGUGGCGUCAGGCAGGCUUCUGUCCAGUGUGCGCAAAUGGUAUUACAAUUUAAGUGGCUUCAACAAGCUCGGUUUGAUGCGGGACGACACGAUACACGAGGACACCGACGUGAAGGAGGCGCUGCGCAGGCUCCCGGAGAACGUCUACAACGACCGCAUCUUCCGCAUCAAGAGGGCUCUGGAUCUCUCCAUGAAGCACCAGAUCCUCCCCAAGGACCAGUGGACAAAAUACGAGGAGGACGAGCCCUACCUGAUGCCGUACCUUGAUGAAGUCAUCCGGGAGAGGAAAGAGAAAGAGGAAUGGAUGAAGAAAUGAAUGACGGAGCGAGAGAGAGCCGGGCUGGUUCAUCCUUGCAUGAAUAUCCUUGGUGUUGUAUAUUUAAAAUGAAAGCCUAUAUCGUCAUUAAAAUGUACAUUUUGAAACAA